ACAAACUGACAAAAUCGUAUAAUAUACACGUACACAAACCGUAUAUUAUAUGCUCUUCUUCUUCUUCAUCCCUUAAAAACUACACAGAUAAAUAAACCAAAACCUCUUCUUCCUCUCUCUCUCUCUCUCUAUCUCUCUCUCUCUCUCUCUCACUCAAUGUUGCCUCUUAUCGUCCUCUGCUCUUUCCUCUCUCUCUUCCUCCUCCCGCCGGUGAAUCUCGCCGCCGUCAAUGAUGACGAGUACCUUAAGCUUCCGUUACUACGCAAAUCUCCGUUUCCUUCUCCGACGCAAUCACUGGCUCUAGACACUCGCCGUCUCCAUUUUCUCUCUCUCCGCCGGAAACCAGUCCCCUUCGUCAAAUCGCCGGUGGUCUCCGGCGCAUCUUCCGGGUCGGGUCAAUACUUCGUGGAUCUCCGAAUCGGACAACCGCCUCAAUCUUUACUCCUAAUCGCCGACACCGGAAGCGAUCUCGUUUGGGUUAAAUGCUCCGCCUGCCGGAACUGCUCUCUCCAUUCUCCGGGCACCGUCUUCUUCCCUCGACACUCUUCCACAUUCUCUCCCGCUCAUUGCUACGACCCGAUUUGCCGACUUGUACCCGAACCGGGUCGGGCUCCGAAAUGUAACCAUACCAGGAUCCAUUCCACGUGUCCUUACGAGUACGCUUACGCGGAUGGUUCAUUAACUUCCGGUUUAUUCGCUAGAGAAACGACGACGUUGAAAACAAGCUCCGGUAGAGAAGCGUAUCUAAAGAGCGUCGCUUUCGGAUGCGGGUUUCGGAUCUCGGGUCAGAGCGUAUCGGGUACAAGUUUUAAUGGAGCCCAUGGAGUCAUGGGCUUGGGUCGGGGGCCCAUUUCGUUUGCUUCUCAGCUGGGUCGUCGUUUCGGUAACAAGUUUUCGUAUUGCUUGAUGGAUUACACUCUCUCUCCGCCGCCGACGAGUUACCUCAUCAUCGGCGACGGCGGCGGCGGAGUUCGAUCCGACGCUGUUUCGAAGCUUUCAUUCACUCCGUUGCUCACGAAUCCAUUGUCCCCGACUUUUUACUACGUUCGCUUGAAAUCGAUUUUCGUUAACGGCGCGAAAUUACGAAUCGAUCCUUCCGUUUGGGAAAUCGACGACUCAGGUAACGGCGGAACCGUCGUGGACUCCGGCACAACUCUCGCGUUUUUAGCUGAACCGGCGUAUCGAUCGGUAAUCGCGGCAGUGAGACGACGGAUCCGGCUCCCGAUUGCGGCGGAGGUUACACCGGGAUUCGAUUUAUGCGUAAACAUCUCCGGCGUUUCGAAACCGGAAAAGAUCAUGCCGCGGCUCAAAUUUGAAUUAGCCGGCGGCGCAUUGUUCGUUCCGCCGCCGAGGAAUUACUUCAUCGAGACGGAGGAACAGAUCCAAUGUCUGGCGAUUCAAUCGGUGAAUCCGAAAGUUGGGUUUUCGGUGAUCGGGAACUUGAUGCAGCAAGGGUUCUUGUUUGAAUUCGAUAGGGAUAGAUCACGGCUUGGUUUUUCUCGUCGCGGUUGCGCUUUGCCGUGAUGAUUUUCACCGGAAUAUUCUGUUUCGAUUUACUCAAAGAUUCUUUUUAUCGUUUUCACUUCUUUUUUUUCCCUCUUGGAAGUACGAGAAUGGGUGACGGUUCACUAUUACCGAAAAUAGGAAUAAAAUAAUCUUUUUGGAGUUUGUAUAAUUUCGGAUUGGGAAAAACAAUAUCAAAAGUAUCACUGUAAAAAAAGGGCCAAUAAAUAUAUAAA